AUGAUGGCUCCACCUGACCCUAGGCAAAUCCACAUCACUUCCCGCUUGGGAGCAUCAGUUCCACCUCAUGUGAAUGUGCCUCACGUUCUGUCUAAUGCUGUUUACCCAGGAUAUAGCUUUCUGCAGCCUGAAUCCAUGGAAGCAGUGGCCAGAAGGCAAGAGUUGGUGCAAAAGCAGAAUCUGGCCAGGUAGAUGGAAAUGGGCACCAUUUUUCAACAAAGGGAGCUAGGAAAAGCUCAGCAUAAAGGGCUGAUGGGUUUGGGUUUGGAGACAUCAUUCUUGUACCAACACGGUAUCCCUACAAGCCCAGUUGCUUUCCGAGGAAGGAGCAGGCUUCCUGAAGUGCAUCUUUCCAAUGACCUCUAUGUGCACAGAAGCUCUCUGGAUGACCUGCAUGCUAACAGCAGGCUAAUGACCACUGGUCCAUACCCACCAGUCAGCAGCUGGCACAAAGAGAAGGGUCGCCGGCUGGGAAGAAGAAUGGGAAAUCAUAAAGCUUCCAGUUGUACUGCUAGGACUUCCAAAGGCCAAGAAGAGGACAAAAAUCCAGAUCAGACUCUCCCAGUUUCAGCUGCAGAAAAAGAGACUAAGAAAGACCUUGACAUUGAGCCACACCCCAAAUAUGAGCCAAGUCAAAGUGAUGGGGAGUCUGCCAUUAUACCCACCAAGAGCCUCAAGGAACCCGAGCACAGCCCCCGAAAACCCUGUGAGGAACAUGGUUGGGCCAUUGAAACAAACGACAGUGGGGGGAAUGUGAAGGAUUCGUGUCAUUCUUCAACAACCUCUGAUGAAAAAUAUCUUUUUCACUCGCCGCUUUCCCUCCCUCCCCUGCCCUAUGGAUUUCCAGUCCUCAACAACAGCUCCUUGCUCCCUCCAGGAACAGGGGACCUAUUUUUAAAUGGGGAAGAUCUUUCUUCUGUUGAAGAUAUCCGGAAAUGGGCUGUGGAUGAUGUGUAUGACUUCAUUACUGGGCUCCCAGGUUGUUCAGACUAUGCACAGAUAUUUAGAGACCAUGCAAUUGAUGGUGAAACCUUGCCUUUGCUCACAGAGGAGCAUCUUUUGGACACUAUGGGCUUAAAACUUGGACCAGCCCUAAAAAUUCGUUCUCAGGUAUCUCGCCGCCUGGGAAGUAUGGUUUACAUGGCAAGUCUGUCUCUUCCUCUUCCCUUUUCUUCUUCUACAAGAAAAUCAUCAGAUCCACCGACAGGUACAACUUCUCCUCUGAAUUGUACCAGUGGUGGCGUGUUGGACAUUUCUUGCUCCCAGGAUAUGACAAUUCCUAAAGCAGGAAAGGAAAUAGCAUCAGAAACCAGAAAUAAUCGAAGUGUCCAAACAGACUUACAAAUAAUCAGUUUUCCAAAGAACUGAAGAACUUUGAAAUAAAAUCACUGUAAAAUACCAGAUAUUUCUUCCUUUCAGGUAAUAUGA